UUUGAGAAUGGCUUCCAGAAGAUGUGGGAGUGAAAACUCGCGGAUAUAAAAGAAAAAAUAUCAAAAAGAAAAUCAACUGAAUGUUGUAGCUAAGAGCUAUUGAGUGCAGCGUGGUUUCAAUAAUGAAGACUAGCAUGUAUGUGCUUUAAAAUUUUUUUUAUUUUAUUUUCCGUAACCCGAGACACUUAAGUAUUUUAUUCAUACGAUGUAGAGAAUUAAAUGGAGUACUUAGAAGAUGAUAAUGAUAUGAGUAAUUUGAGAUGAUAAAAAAAAGAUGGCCUGGUUUUUGUAGUAGUGGGAGGAUUAACUGCAAGCUGUUACGAUAAGCAAAGCUAUUAAUGCCAUUGCACUUUGAAUACACACGUGCUCAAUCUGAGGAAGUUGAGAGAGCUCAAGCGGGUCAUGAGUGAGAGCAAGAAAGAAACGGAUGGAUAAAGGAAGAAAUACUCAUGUCAAGGAAGAAAAAAAUAACCUGAUGAAUAAAUUCUAGAAAAUAGAAGAAAGUAAUAAAAUAUUUAAAAAUGGUUGUCGGAGAGCCAAGUAUCCACAAUAUUAUGAGUGGGAUGGAGAGUACAGGAGGUGUACGACUGCACAAUCACAAACGGAAAUUGAAACAAAGGUUUGAUAUUAUCAAGAAACUGGGUCAAGGUACCUACGGGAAAGUACAAUUGGGAAUAAACAAAGAGACUGGACAAGAGGUAGCUAUUAAAACAAUUAAAAAAUGCAAAAUUGAAACAGAAGCUGAUCUGAUAAGGAUAAGACGUGAAAUUCAAAUUAUGUCGAGUGUUCAGCACCCAAACAUUAUUCACAUUUACGAAGUAUUUGAGAAUCGUGAGAAGAUGGUACUUGUAAUGGAGUAUGCAGCAGGUGGUGAGCUUUACGACUACCUAAGUGAACGUAAAGUGCUCUCUGAGGAAGAAGCCCGUCGGAUAUUCCGUCAAAUUUCAAUAGCGGUGUUCUAUUGUCAUAAACAUAAAAUUUGUCACCGUGAUUUAAAGUUAGAAAAUAUUCUAUUGGAUCAUUUGGGGAAUGCUAAAAUUGCAGACUUUGGUUUGUCGAAUGUUUUUGAUGAACAACGACUGUUGAAUACUUUUUGCGGUAGCCCUCUUUACGCUAGUCCUGAGAUAGUUAAAGGUACACCGUACCACGGUCCAGAAGUUGACUGCUGGAGUCUCGGUGUUUUACUUUACACGCUAGUCUACGGUGCUAUGCCGUUUGAUGGUUCUAAUUUCAAAAGACUUACAAGACAAAUAUCUGCAUCUGAUUAUUUUGAGCCGAAAAAUCCAUCACCAGCUUCACCUUUAAUCAGAGAUAUGUUAACUAAGUGUCCUGCUAGGAGGGCUGAUAUUGAAAGGAUAUGCUGUCAUUGGUGGGUUAAUGAGGGAUAUGAGCAAAAUUGUCUUGAUAUUGCUGAAGAUUUAGCCGCCCAGACGCCAGUUAGACUCGAUUUAUUGCUAUCCUUGGUACCGCAAUCGGCUAGCGCUGACAAAUUAGUCGUCACGAAUGAUCAAUCGCCUGAGACUGGUAGAAAUAUCGGCACGGACACGAUACCGCCUACUCGGUGUCUUUCUGUUGGCAGCCUCAUGGAUCUCGAUAGAAAUAAUUCGGAUCGGAUUCGAGAGAUGGUGGCUGAAGAGGAAUCUCCGAGGACAAAUGCUAAUGACACUAAGAGGAAAUUGGAGAACACGCCUUCAAUGGAAGAAAAUGUUGAAGCAGGUGUUAAGAAGAAAGAUCGGUCGAGAAGAAAAGAACGGACUGAUGAUAGAGAGCCAAGAUCUUAUAAGUCUACUUCAAGACAUCAUUCCGCUCCCAUAACUAAUGCUAUUACUGAAGAGGCUAUGGAAGUUGAACCCAGUGUUGAGUUGGAUCUUCGAGACCCGGCUGCUGCUGCUGCUUGUUUAGAACUUAUUCGUGAAGCUCAGUCGAAGUCGCCGAGCAAGGAACGAAGUAGAACUCCUGUUCCGUUGGAAGAAAAAGUUCAAACGAGUGAGCAACAAGUUUUUAAGGAAAAUUUCAAUGAUAGUAAUCAAGAUGUUAAGCCAAUUGCUAAUAAAUUGGAUAAUGUAGCGGAUAAUUCUGGAGAAAAACAAUCUGUUGAUCAGGUAAUAAAUAAAACUCAGGUUAAAAAUAAGUCAGUAAAAUCUAAAACUAAUGAUGUAGUGAAGAAUAUUAAUGAUAAUGCUUCCAAACAAGAUGUGCCAAGUAAAGACACUGAAUUAACACAGAAAAUAAAUUCAGAAGGUGGUGAAAAAAUUUCUACUCCUACGGAGGAAAAAGCUGAGAUGAAGAAUGAGAAUAAAAAAUUGAAACAAAAAGCACAGUCACUUGAUGAAGAAGCGGUUGCUCCGACUAAGCCAACGGAAAGGAGACGUUCUAAAAUAUUUGAGACAGCUGAAAAGUUCAAUCAACUUUUGUCAGGCAGUGAAUCAGAAAAACCAAAGAAGAUUUUUAUACCUGGUGUUAACGUAGGUGGUGCUAAGCGAGCAUUUGAGCGUAAAGCGAGUCUCUCUUCCGUUACAGUUCCACAGCCCGUUAAGUCAAAUGCGUCUAAGGUAAUAAUAGAUGUGCCUAAUGAUAAAAAUGAUAAAAAAAAUGACAAGGAAGAAAAAUUAACGACUGUAACCAAGUCAGAGUCUUCCUUGACAAAGAAUGAAGAGGAGCGUCGCCGGGAUGAAGAAAAGAAACGAGCUGUUGAUAUUAUCACUGGUGCCUUAGGUAAACCUCCAGUCCAGAAAAAAGUCAAUGGGUCGCCUCCAAUGACUCCCCAGAGUCAAGAGUCGAAAAAUCUUGGUCUGAAGAUUCAAUUGGGACCAAAUGACUUGAGAAAUGCUACGGUAUCAGUGUCUACUCCCGUAGACACUAAGUAUCCAGACUUUGAAUCUUCUCCAGUGAAACCUGCUGCUGUAGCAAAUUCAGUGCCAACUACUCCCGAGUCAAAGAGUGUCAAUAAUUCGUUCUCCGACGAGCCAACAAUGUCAAGUAAGAUGGAGAUAAAACUCAAGAGUGCGACAUUACCUCGACCGAGAAAGACUAGCAAAGCAGAAAUUACAUUGGCGGGAGUUAAAGCACCUGAGCCAGCAUUCAAGUCGGAAGUUGAGGCCAAGAUCGAUGCUUUCCAUCCUCAAAAAUUGAGGACUCAAAAGUCUGAAGUCGCGUUCCCUGUAGCUGCGGUUACUUCUCAGGCAAACCGAAGCUCCAGCUUGGAGCCUGAAAGCAGUAAAUCAAAGAUUCUCGGAAAGGAGAGAAUAAUACCGAUACACGUGGAGCCAGGUCAUCAAAUUCAGAACUCAGCGACUCCUCCGAAGCCACCGAUGCCCCAGCGGUCCAUGUCUCAGCGCUCGAAUUCGUUAUCGCGUCAGUCUACUGCAGAUUCAGACACUGACAGCGCUCUUGGCUCAACGGUUGGCCCCGAGCCGAUCAGAAAAAGUCCCAGGGAAUAUAUUAUUCCGAUUGCCGUCGAAGGAGGUGGAUAUGUCACUCCAAGAUCUGGCAGUGUAGAGCCCGAGAGUAAAACAAGCACACCAACCAGCACAAAUCCACCACGAGCGAGGUUCGGAAGAGGCAGAAGAAUGGGCUCUUUGCUUUCAGACGCCAGUGAAGACGAGUCGCCAUUCUCUACACUCCAUCGGGACAGCGAUGAUUUACUCCAAAGACACAUGCAUCGGCUAAGAAGUUCAAGACCCUCUAGACAAGCUCCAGAGCAUGCAGACAGUCUGUCAUCCGGUGAGGAUGACGAUGAUGAUGGCUUUGAGCUUUUGACCGCUGAAAAUUUAUUCUCAACGCUUUUGUCGAGAGUUCGUAGUCUGACCCAACGGCUAAAUGUUGAUGAUAAUCGAGGAACUGGAUUUCCUCGCAGCCGAUUGUUGGAUAGACUAGGUUCUAAUUCCUCUCAAGGAUUCUGGGGAAUGUCCGAACCUCUUUCAAGCUACGAGAGCCACGUUGAAACACAGACGAUAACAACGCGAUUGGCAGAGUCACCAUUCAGACGAUCUCUCAGUCGCGAUACAGACCGAUUUGGACGUAAGGAUUCAGCAAUGUCAUCAAAUCCUGGAACACCCACGAGCCUUGGAGCUCGAACUACGCCAUCACAUGAAAGUAUUUUUGAAUUAGGCAGCAGUAAUACUUUACCACGAGAUAAAUCCCACGAGGUCGAACCACCGGAGUCACGAAAAAAGGAUCAAGAGUCUGAUUCGCGUCCCAAUCCCUCAACAAGUAGCACCCGCGAUAGCUUCACUCCAAGUCUUGCGCGUCGCCUCAGCAGACAGUUUAUUGAACAAACAAGACAAUCAUUGCCAAGGUCACCGUCAAUACCGCGCGACCGACUCUACAGGUCUUCGACAGAGGAGCCAGAUUCUUUGUCAUCGCUGCUGCCAGAUCGUUCGAUGUACCGCAGCAAGUCAAGCGAUAGAAGCUUGAGAAGAACUAACAGUUUAUUGGAGAACGAUCGAGGGGAGAGACCUGAGCUUCGAUGCAGGCGUAGCGUCAGUUUAUUCGAAGAUGAUGAUGAUGAGACACUUCCACCGCUUCCUAGGCAAGUUAUGACUCUUGGACGGAAGUACCGAGACACUGUCAAGGCUGCUGUUAAUGGAAUUCGCCGGGAUAAUAUUUGCUUGGCUGAGAAAAUCCAAGAGGAGCCUACUGAUGAGCUGACAUCACCUAAAAAAAAUUCAAUCCAAGUUCCUGAACAAGCUUCACCUUCUGAAGGAACUUCAGUCUGCAAUUCUGCGACUAAUUUAGGAGAUACCACUUCUAGUUUGUCGACUAAGUCACAAGAAACUUCACCGGGAGAUUCUUCAUCAAAUAUCCAGCAGCAAGAAGAAGCUUUGAACUCUUUUCGCGCUGAUGCUAAAGAAUUUGAGUCCCGGCUUCUAGCUGCUGAGAAUUUAAUUAAAGAGUCAAAAUUACGCAACCUGGGACUCAAUAAAUUUGACCCUAAUUUGAGUUCUAGUUACAAAGAAACUGAAAAGUGUGAUAAACAGUUACUGGGGUCUAUGACUGAUUUAACAAGUGGUGUUUUAAAUAAACGACGUAGCUGCAUACCGAGUUUAAGAUUGCGCUCUGGGUCUUUGACUCGAGAAGCUAUGGGUCGCAGGAGCACUUUGACUUCUCCUGAACCGGUUGAUAUUCGCGCUGCAACUCCUGAGAGAUCUUUACUUAGUAAACUUUUCCGCUCUGGAAGUGUGAGUCGUGAGCGAGACUCUGAGAGUAAGGACAAGUCUCCUAAAACUAAGCGAAGGAUUUCAAGAUUUUUGAGGCCUGACUUUUUUGAUACUCCUAGGGAAGAAAGUCAGUAUGUUAAGGAUAAGGAAGCUCAGAAGGCGGCUGAAAAUGAAAGAAGAAAAUCGAGGUUUAUGAAGAGAAAGGAGAAUAAAGAUGUUGAAGAUGUUAAAGAGAAAGAAGAAAAGCCUGAGAAAGAAUUGAAGAAUCAAGCUAAUGAAAUUACGAGGGAUCAAAGUGAUUUGAUUAAUUUUAAUAAGAUGAAUAAUUCUAAUGUUGAUAAUUCAAGCGCGGAUAAAUUAGAAAGACAAAAUUCUAAAAAUAGUUUCUUCCAGACUUUAGAGAAGAAAUUAGAAAAGCUUAGAUCUAAUGAUGAGUCACAAAAGGUGGAAAGUGAGCCUUUGAAGGUACAAAUAGAGGAUGAUUUGCAGAAAAUUAAUGGUGAUGUUAAAGAAGAAAUAAAUAACGUUGUGGAGAAUGUAAGUGAAGAAGUUAUAAAAAAAGUAGCAAGUAUGGAAGAUUUAACGAGUGAGCCGGCUCCUGCGGUGAAAUCAAAAGUUUCAAGUGUGCUGGGGCUUUUUAGAAAUGAUUCUAAGUCUGCAGUCAAUGGGGGAAGACAACAAACUUUGCUGAGCAAGCUGAAGAAAAAUGUUUAUCGCGGGUCACGUUCUGACAGUGUAUUGACUUCUGAAGCUUCUAGUAAAAUUCCCAAGGCUAAAGCUGAAGUUAAAGCUGGAGAAAUCAAGCCUAGGAGAAGUUUAGAGCUCAAAAGAUCGCCUGAGAAAGUUGGGGAUAAAAAAUCUCCUCCGAAGGAUAAGGAGAAGGAUAAGGUUAAGGAAAAAAGUCCGGCUGAGAGAGCUAGUGUAGAGCGAAAGUCGCUUGAGAAGCAAAUAAAGUCUCCGAAGAAAUUGACUCCGGAAAAGUCGAUUGAGAUUGUUAAAACAGAGAAGACAAAUUUACCGGAGAAGGAGGUGAGGAAGUCGAAAUCUCCGGAAAUUAAAGUUGAUAAAACUUUGUCGAGUUCAAAGUUAGCUAAGAAAAUAUCUCCGGAUAAGGUUGUUGAUAAUAAGAAAGUCGAGGGGAAGAGUAUUGAAGCUGAUGAGAAGAAAUUGAAGAAGAAGAGUGUUAAGUCAUUGAGUUCGGCUACGAAAAAUGGGUCAGUUAAAUUGGAGAAAGUUGACAAAGAUGAGGAUAAAAAAUCUGAUAAAGUUAAAAAGGUCGUGAAGAAAGAAGUCAUUGAGAAAGAUGCAGAUGGAACUAAGAAGAAGAAAAUAGUUAGGGUUGUUAAAAAGGUUGUUAAAAAAUCAGAAAGUUCUUCUGAGAAACCUGAAGAAAAGGAAAAAGAUAAAGAGAAGAAAACUUUGUUGAAAAAAAUUACUUCGAGUGUGAAAAAAGAAACUAGUCCUGAAGCGGAUAAAGGGAAGAAAAUGGAAAAUAUUGAUUCAGGAUUGAUAAAUUGUGAAACUUCUUCAAAUUGUCUUGAAAAUCUUUCUAAUAAUAUUAGUUCUGUAAUUCCAAGCGUUAAAGAUCACAGUGAGCAAGAUAAUUCUAAGAUAUCUUCUAAUGAUUUAAAUCCAAACAUUUCUAACAAUUUAGAUGGGAAGAUACCCGUUAAUAACAUAGAUAGCAAAAUAAUUAGCAAAAACUUUGAUACAAAGUCGCUUAACAAAGAUUUAGACCUAAAUAGAUGCGAAGAAAAUACAAAAGUAAUUGAGAAAAGUCCUGAUUUAAAAGUUUCUAGCAAAGAUUUGGAUACAAAAAUAUUUUCUAAUGAUCAGGAUACAAAAAUAAUAAGUCAGGAUUGUAAUAUUAAGACACCUAGUGAAGUUUUGAAUAUAAAUAUUCCUAGUAAUGGCUUGGAUGUGAUAAUAUCUAGUAAUAAUUUGGAAGAAGAAAUGCUAAAUAAUGAUUUAGUAAAAAAAAUUUCUAAUGAUCAGGAAGAAAUUAAAGAUUUGGAUAGCAAAGCACGAGCAAAUAGAAGUAAUUUGAAGCUGGAUUUAUCUAAAAUACCUCAACAUUCAUUUAAAAAUGGCGCUGCAAAAAAGGACAUCAAGGAUCCUGAAUUUUCAGAAAAACCAGAUAAUUCUUUGAAGAUUCAGUCUAUUGUAGCGAAAGAAAAAGUUGUUACUGAAAAGCCACCUAAAGGAGCAGAUUUUGUUCGCCAGCUGAGUUCCAUUCGGCCUGAAGAAGACCCUAAGGUGGCUUUGAAGCCUGAGACUGAAAGAACAAAGCAAGAAAAUUCAAUUACAUCAACUUAUCCAACUGAAGACAUUUUGUCGCCGAUGGACGACGUGGAGAGCUUUGACUCCUGGUCAAUCUGUUCCAACGACAUGAAUCACCGAAGCAGUUUAGACUUGUGUUCGCCUACUUCGCCGGUUUAUUCUCCGUCAGUUCGCAGCGAGCAUUCAGAGUCAAUAAUUGACCGAAUUCGCAGAAAAAGUUUCUACUCCCGAUUUAACGAGCGGAAACGCAAGAGUUCUUUGUCUGUACCUUCAUCAGGACUUUCGCCGAGUUCAACUCUGCCUCGCAAAUUUAGCUUCCACUCUCGAGAUAGUAAAAAUUUGAGCUACUCCUCGCCUUCGAGAAGAAAUCCGGAGAGGACUCACAGUUUGUACAACGAAGACUUGCCCAGUAUGAGAAAGUCGCCCGUAGAACGCGAUAGGUACUCGGAUGGUGCUUAUCCCAGUGAUUUAAAGUCUCCCGUAGAUCAUUACAAUACUUCUUCUUCUUUGUACUAUGAUCCUCUGAGACGUUAUAGAAUGUCUCCUGGUAAUUCGGCUAAUCGAAAGUACCAGAGCACUGAUUAUGGGCUUGAUAAUGACUUGAAUAUGUACAAAAAUCCUCAGAGCACUUCUUCUUCUUCCUCUUCAACUUUAAAUGAUGUCAGCGACUAUCGCAGUAGUACCCUGAGAAAAUACGGGAAAAAUCAACACAAAACUGCUGAUUAUUAUGAAGAUCUUCUUGCUCCAUCAAGGAUUGACUAUCUUUCAGCCCGAAAAACAUCUCCUUUACCAACAGAAUCACUGGGAAGAAAUGAAAACGGACAUUACAACGGGCAUUUUCAUCAGACAUCAGAUUCUGACAAAUGGAGAUACUCGGAUAAAAUUAGCAGUCCUGAUUCUCCUGAAAACAGUGAUAAAAGUUGCGGAGAUGAUCUUAAGAGUAAUAGUCAAACAAUUGAAGAAUCUAAAGAAUUAUCAGCAGCUUGUCCUGACGCUGAGACAACGACUUAAAGAAGAAAUGAUAAUUUAUAAAACUCGUGCCAAAAAAUCUAAACUAAGGCUUUAAUUGCUUGCUACAUAAAAUUACCGAUUAUAAUAAAAUGAUUAUUAUUAUUUACGAUAAAUCAAAUGGUGAAAAAAAUCAAAAAGGACAUUUUUUUCUAUGUACUUAA